GACACCUCACCUGUCCCGUUUGAUUGUUUUAUGUGGCCAGCAUAAACCUGGAAAUAAUAAAAUAAAACACACUUAUUUAUAAUAUUAAAAAAAUAUUUAUGUAUAAAUAUUUUAGCUCUUAAUUGAUUAAAAUAUUCCAUCGAUUAAUCAUAUUUUGUCCAUAGUUAACAUAGUUAACUCAGAAUUGCAUUUAAUCCUUAUCUACGUAUAAUAAGUAGGGGAAAUCUCUGUGGUAAAUUAUUCGAUGUGCCGCUACAACGAUAAUUACAUUCAUUCAUUCAUUUUCUACCGCUUUUCCUCACGAGGGUCGUGGGGGUGCUGGAGCCUAUCCCAGCUGUCUUCGGGCGAGAGGUGGGGCACACCCUGGACUGGUCGCCAGCCAAUCACAGGGCACAUAUAGACAAACAACCAUUCACACUCACAUUCGUACCUAUGGACAAUUUGGAGUCGCCAAUUAACCUAGCAUGUUUUUGGAAUGUGGGAGGAAUCCGGAGUACCCGGAGAAAACCCACGCAUGCACGGGGAGAACAUGCAAACUCCACACAGAGAUGGCCGAGGGUGGAAUUGAACCCUGGUCUCCUAGCUGUGAGGUCUGCGCGCUAACCACUAGGUCGCCGUGCCGCCCUAAUUACAUCCAAUUUUAUGUAAAAAUAUAUCAAUUUUGGAACUCUAGGCCAUUAUUUAAAACAAUACAGUCAACAAGCAUAUUUUUACUGCCCGUGUAAUCCGUGAUAAGUCAUAACACAGCGACAGUAAAUACAAAUAGCUUUGGGCUUUGGGCUUUGAAGCUAACUUUACCAAUCAAAAUACUCUUUUCUUUCUCCAUUUCCCAUCAAUAUUUGUUCCAGCUUGUGGCUACAGAGUUUCUAUGCUUCAUUGAAACUACGGUGUGGGCCAAGGGUCAAACGGGAGCAGCGUAUGUUCACACAUGUCAAAAAAAUUGCUGCUAUAAAAGGAAACUUGUUUUUUCCCGCAGAAAACACAUCUUAUUCAUCCUUAGUCCAUCAUUUAUAAAUCUGUAAUAGUAUACAAUGCAUACAGUACAUACUGUGUACACAGUGUGUACCUGACACGUACGCUGAACUGACGAAACAGCGUCACAUCCCGUACUGCAUAUGCUCCGUUACUAGAAUGACAAUAGGUAAGCAGUGUGAACCAUCCGCGAACCACCAAUAACGUCAGAGUGAGCAGGAAGCGGACCCCACAACUGAUGUGAGCACAGUUGUCGGCUGCGGAUGCGGUUCCAUCUGAGGACCUGUACAUUUUAUAAUGUGUUUAACAAGUGUGUGAGGCAUAUUUAGGGCUUCAACCUGGAUUGUGGAUUGAGCUUGUUAGCUUCCGCCUUCGCACGUGAUCAAUGGCAGUUGAUAGAAGAGGGUUGUGGUGCUGAAUCUAAUAAUUACAGCAAGUCAAUUGGAGGAGAACGUCAACGUGAUAAUCUACAGCUGGAGGCGGGUGAGUGUCUUGCUCAAGGACACAGUGACUGGGAUGGAAAAAGCCAGGUUUGAACUAGCAAGCAAUUCGGUUUCUGAACUGCCUGCUCCACCUCCUGAGCCCUUGCCACCCUUAAAGGUCUUGUUCAAUUUGCAACAUCGACUGGGCAAAUAUUAAAAUAUCAUCUUGAACUGAUAAUGCAAUCUGAAGGAACACAUUGUUCCAUGUUUGACAACAAGACUGCACAAGGAGAUCUGGAACUCAGAACACAAACACUUGAUAACAGAAAGCAAUAGAAAGAAUAAUUCAUCUUCCUCCAUAGAUACAUAGAGCAGCCUUGACCUAUGACCUCUGCUCACAGAAAAGACAAGUGUUGUUUCCUCCAAAGCAAAUCUUUAUCUAUCUCUCUCUCUCAGACACACACACACACACACACACACAUACACACACAAAGUAGAGGACCAAUGAGGCGUGAGCAUCAGUGACAUUUAGAGCAUAAAAGCGUGGCAUGCGCAGGACAUGUGGCAGUCAGCAUGCUGAAUCAGUCUCGAGUGGACGUGUUGGUCUUGACGGGUUUUCAGGAGCUGCAUGCGCUCAGGUUCCUCUACGUGUGCGUAACAUGUGCAGCUUACGUGCUGAUCGUGGUGUUCAAUGUGUCGUUGGUGCUGUUGGUCUGCAAGCACGGCGCUCUGCACCAGCCCGUGUACAUCUUCUUAGCCAACCUGAUGUGCAACACUCUGAUCGGCUGCACCGCCUUCUACCCCAAACUGCUGCACGACCUGCUGAGCGACGUGCAGCUCAUCACGCCCGCAGGCUGCCUGCUACAGGCCUUCUUCGUGCAUGUCUAUGUUUCUGUGGAGUGUAUCAUGCUGACGGUCAUGGCGUACGACAGGUACGCUGCUGUCGUACACCCUCUGAGCUAUCACAGCCUCCUCUGCCCCUCUGCUGUGUCCAAGCUGCUUGCUGUCUCAUGGACGUUGCCUGUUGUAGUGUACGCCGGCCUGCUGUCCGCCAGCGGGACUCUGCUGCUGUGCAGGUCCCACGUGGGCCGCAUCUACUGCGACAACCAGUCCGUCACACGCCUAUCCUGUGUGCACAUCUCGUUGAUGAGACAUUUUGAGCUGCUGAUAGUCAUCACCUUUGUUUUUACGCCUCUGGUGUUGGUUUUCUGCUUCUACGUGAGAAUCCUCAUCAUCAGCUUCCAGCUGUCUAAGAGCAGCAGAGCCAACAAAGCCCUGUCCACAUGCAUCCCUCACCUGGUCACCUACGUCAGCUUUGUCACCAGCGUCGUCUUCGAGGUGGUGCAGCCUGCACUCGCGACCAAAAACCUGCCUCAUGCCUUCACGGUCGUCAUGUCCAUGGAGGGCUUCCUGGUGCCACCGCUGAUCAACCCGCUCAUCUACGGCCUCAAACUCCCACUCAUCAGGCAGCACGUCAGGUGCCUUGGCAGACAUCCGAUACAGAUCAGCUUUUUUAUCCACAUUUGGAACAAGACAGAUGCCGAUCUGACAGUAUCCAAAUGCAUGUGUUUUUUUGCCUCUCUACGCCACAAAGCAUACAUAAACAGUACUUGGAAGCAAAAUGAUCUGAAUUGUGUCGUUUGAGGUUUGUGGUGUAAGUCUGGCCUUUGGGUUACAUGAUGUGUUCCGUAUGGCUCAAACCUCAGCAUAUGGUCACAAUAUUUGGUGAACAUCACAAAUGUGUCGCCACCGUCUAAACACAUAAGAGGAUAUAGACUGCUUCCAUCAUAUCACAAAGCUUCAUCAUAUGUGAUCUGUUAUUCUAUUGUCCUGGUUAGAAGAUCAUAGACCCGCUUUCUUCAGGAACAUUUGAUUUAAAAAAAAGUGACUUUCUUUGUUCAGCUUUCACCUUAGGAGCAAAUUUUAGGCCCACAUACAUAUGCCUCCUGAAGGUCCCCCCACCCAUACUCCCACAAAUACCUCCUCCACCUGUACACACACAAACACACCUUAUGUUGUUUUGCUAUAGUGUGUGAAUUGUGUUGUUUUAGGUGUGAACUCACAGCAUUGGAUAUCAACUGGCAGACCUAUUUUUGAAGUCCAAAAGUGGUACUUCAAAAAAAUUGCGACAGCAACUGUACAAUAAUAUGUCACGUACUCCCAACUUGCAGGUUAAAAAGUUGACCAGGGAGUCCAAAUUUAAAGUUGAAGUGCACUCAAUAUGUGCUUUUUUGCAGUGUGUCACGCCGUGAGAAACAUCAAAAUAUAACUGUAUACUGUUAAGAUAAAUAAAACCUUGCGUUCAGAAAAAAGAUUCAUGUCAGUGAUAACAAUUGUGAUGAUUGGACACCACAUGAUUUUUAAAUAUCAAUCCAAAAUGAACUAAAUAAAGUUGUAUUCAUGUGGAGUCAUUUGGGUCCAUAACUGGCUAGCUUCUGCAGCUGGUGUGUGAUAGAAGUGUAACGCAUUUUUACUCAAUUCACCUCCAUGGCUCUGCCUUGGAGAUGACCACGAACCAAGGAGCGAUUGUGGUGCUGACACAUAGCUUCUUCAUUCACACUUCACAUAAAGGAAAUGGAACAGUUAAUAUUCAAGUCAAUUUCUCAGUAUUGUAACAAUGCACUACAAAAUAACGUUGAGUACAUAUAAUAUGGGAAUAUCAAAUAAAUACAUCCAUCCUUUCUCUAUGCCGCUUAUCCUCACCAGGGUCGGGGGGGUAUGCUGGAGCGAGAGGUGGGAUAAACCCUGGACUGGUGGCCAGCCAAUCACAGGUCACAUAUAGACAAACAACCAUUCACACUCACAUUCAUACCUAUGGACAAUUUGGAGUCGCCAAUUAAACUAGCAUGUUUUUGGAAUGUGGGAGGAAACCGGAGUACCCGGAGAACGCCGGGCAUGCACGGAGAGAACAUGCAAACUCAAAAAUCAAACCCAGGUCUUCCUGAUUGUGUGGCCAACAUGCUAACCACUCGAUCACCGUACAGCAAUAUCAAAUAAAUGAUUAACAAAAAGCACUAAUGUGGCGCCUAAACAAAGCCAAACCAUUAUGAUGCUUCUCUUCACAUAAAGGAAAUGAAACACCAGAUAGUAACCAAUAGGAAACAAAAAACAAAAAAUACAACCAAAAGGGACAAGAACAACAGAAAGUGAGCUGCACAACUACAGGGACCCCUGCUAGCACAAUUAAAAAACUGGCUACAGAAGCAAAACGGAAGCCAUUCAAGGCGUUUCUCAUGCUAAGGUGGCUAAGGUUUAGUAAGAUUGCGUCUUCAGCCAAUCAGAGAACUUGGGUUGGGCGGGUGUUUAGAGCACAUCCAAAGUGCCGGGUAGUAGAUACAGCAUAGCGAGAGAUGGCGAAUGAGGAGGACUCUAGUGAGAAGACACUACUUUAACCUUGUUGAGGUCAAAGGUAAAAAUGUAAAAAAAGUCAAAUGUACAUUAUGUCCCCGGAAAAAAAAAACUUUGUCCACGUCUUGUGUGAGCAACUCAAACCUACAGAAACCUAAAUUGUGUGUGUGUGUGGGGGUUAGCAGGGCCGAUUAAUGCA